AUGGUUUCUGUUGACCUGAUACGCACCGCCGUAGGGAUCAUCGGCAAUGCCAUCUCUUUGGUCCUCUUUCUUUCACCCAUGCCAACAUUUUAUCGAAUAUGUAAGAACAAAUCUGUGGAGCAUUUCUCUGUAGUCCCUUACAUCGCGACGUUGCUAAACUGUAUGCUUUGGGUAUUAUAUGGGAUGCCCUUCGUGAAGCCUAAUAGCACCCUAAUAAUAACUAUUAAUGGAGCCGGCACUAUGAUAGAGCUCAUCUAUAUCAUUAUCUAUGUCCUUUACUCGGAUGGGUCAAGACGGAUCAAAGCCCUUUUACUUCUCUUCACAGACAUCGCCUUCAUUGCUGUCGUCGCUGCUAUUGUUCUUUCCAUCUUCAAAUCCCAUGAGGAACGAACACUAAUUGUUGGUAUUCUAUGUAUUGUUUUCUGCAUCAUGAUGUAUGCAUCACCUCUCUCUAUUAUGGUAAGGUGAUAAAAACAAAAAAGUGCAGAGUACAUGCCUCUCUAUCUCUCUAUUGCUUACUUCUUUAAUGGGCUAUGCUGGACUACUUACUCACUCAUCCAUCUUGAUGUGAACCUCACGAUUCCAAAUGCAACUGGGUUGUUGUUUGCUAUAGCUCAAUUGCUAUUGCAUGUCAUUUAUAAAAAAUCAACAAAGCGAGAGUCAAAUGAAGGGAAGAGCGAAGUGGCGCUCUCUGAGGUGCAUGUUGCACAUUAA